AUGGAGUCGAGUGGAAGCUUGCUUCGGAAACUGCGAGAGGCAGCAGACGCGGCCUCGAUCCAGGAUCUACUGCGCCGCAAAGGUGUGAGACAGCAACUGGGGAACUUGGCGGCGUGCUGUCCUGCCAUCAGUGCAUGUGAGCGCCAUUCGGUUUGGGAAUGGGCCGUCUGGUUGUUGGAUUUGGAGAGGCAGAAGUCAUCGCCCGCCCCAGUGGUCUCCUACACCGCUUGCAUCAGUGCAUGUGGAAAAGGCUUUGCAUGGGCUGCAGCUUGGAGUUUGCUGGAGUCCAUGCUUUGCCAGCAAGCCGAGCCGAACGUGUACACGUGCAGUGCGGCUGUGAGCGCUUGCGUGCGGGGCUCUGAGUGGGCUCGAGCCUUGCACGUCUUUGAGUCGCUGUGGGAAGCCACUGUGCAGCCCAACAUCAUCUCCUUUGGGGCUGCGCUCAGCGCGUGUGAGAAAGGUGAGCAAUGGGAAGGGGCCCUGGGGCUAAUGGAGCGGCUGCGACACGGCCAGUGUGAAGCCAACAUUUUCACCUACAACGCUGCGGUGCGCGCGGCUUCAGCGGCGAAGCAGUGGGAGCGAGCCAUUGCGCUGGUCCGUGACAUGCAUGACAGACAGGUCUAUCCCGAUAAGAUCACCUACAGCUCUACCUGCUUGGGACUACCAGCCGAGAGCUGGCAGACACAUCUCCUACUGCUAGAUGCAAAGCUGAGGUUGAAGUCUCCGGGGCCCAAACGCCUACGCCUGAGACGUCCACCCCUGGCACCACGAGAUUUUGUUGCCAGGAUGGCGCGUCUGCGUUCGGGAGGCCUGGCCAUGCGACGCUUGCUCCGGGCCGCUGCACGACCGCUGCAGCGCAGCGUCCGCGCCAAUGUGGUCAAGGCUUCCAGCGAGCUGCGAGGCAUCUUGCAGAGGGCUGAUUGCGGGCUCCACCCAGUUCCUUGGCUCUCCGAGGGAUUCUUCCUCGAGGGCGGUGGCAAGUUGGGAGGCUUGACAGAUCACCUCACUGGGGCCAUCUACUUUCAAGAGGCGACGUCAAUGCUGCCCGCCGAGGUUCUGCGGAGAGCAUGCGAAGUGCUUCCAUCGCAGAGGUCGCAGCUGUUGUUGCUGGAUCUUUGUGCAGCCCCUGGCAGCAAGUCAACGCAACUGCUGAGCUGGCUUGCCGACAGGGGCGAUGGGAGCUGCCUCGUCGUGAAUGAGAUCGAUCCAGAUCGAUCCGAAAAGCUCCACGAGAAUCUUCUGAAGUCUGGGUCUACGCAGUGGCUCCAGCUCCGUGGCCGUGGGGAAGAAGUUGGUCGUCGGUUGCCACAGGUUUUCGAUGCUGUGCUGGUCGACGCGCCCUGCUCCUGCGAGGGGAACAUCCGAAAGUCGCCCCUUGCCCUGCUGGAAGCAGAUCGCGACGAGCAGAUGUGGGUUGUGGAGACCCAGCUGCGGCUGCUGCAAAGCGGCUGGCGCGCCUUACGGCCUGGAGGUUGCCUCAUCUACUCCACGUGCACCUUCAACUACUCAGAGAACGAAGGCCUCUGCCGUCGCUUUCUGCGCAGCCUCCGAGCCUCUGACGCCCACUGCAUCGACGUGGCAUCAGUGCUGUCGCUUCCAACUGCCGUCCUGUCGGAAGUUCGCGCGCGAGCUGAAGACCGGGGCACUGACUCGCGACCCCUUGGCGCCAUGCGCGUGUUCCCGGACACCUUCGACGCAGAGGGCUUCUUCGUUUGCUGCUUUCAGAAGAGGGGCCUGGGCACAGAGACUGCGAAGGACUCAAGCUCGUGCUCGAUGGCCUUAGCAUCACAGUUCCAACUGGACAGGCUGUCGGAGGCAGAAGCACGAGCUGUCGAAGAUAAGGCUCGAAAAGAAUUGGGCUUCUGGCCACCAUCAAUAUGCAUGACCACGGAGGUCUCCAGCCUUUAUCGGGCUGGAUCCGGGGAGAUUUGGCUGCUCCCCCACCUCCGAGCAUCGUUGUAUCCAGCCUUGCCUUCGGCAGCGCGGCCGGGCGUCCUUCUCGGGAGAUGUCCACUGCAUGCGGAGGUCGGCCAAGAGAUCGAGUUCUCAGCGGAUUUCCUCUUGCUGGCAGGGGCUCGAGCUGCGGUGGCUGCCAAGAAGAUGUCCAGAGAAGACUGGCAGUCGGUACAAGACCACCUGAAGACUGCGGGCACAAUCAAAGGAUCCCGGCUGAUGCGGGUGCUGUUCAGGCCCCGGGGUCUCAUUGCUACUUCCCCAUACAAGCUGAUGUUCAAGACUUCCCUGGCCGAGUUGUGCAGUUUUGCCCUCCACAGGCGUGACAAUCACACCUUCGCGGAGGAAAGGGCAUGGCCAGACCUCCGUGCGCUCACGCGGCAGCUCCGGCAAGCUCAGCGGUGGACCCAUGCCUUGGACUUGCUGCGUCAAGCGACAGAAGGGGCCAUGAUCCCUGAUGUCAUUGCUCUGGGUGCCACCAUCUCGGUGUGUAGCAAGGCACUGGAGUGGCGUGCGGCAGCGCAGCUCUUGUCCAACUUGGAUAUCCAGAAGCUCGAACCGAAUGUGAUCGUCUACAGUGCAGCCAUCCGUGCCUGCGGCCAACCUCAGUCCUGGAUGCACUCGCUCCUGAUGUACCGCGAUAUGCUCCAGAGGGAACUCGAAGCUGAUGCGAUCUGCUGCAGCGCCGUCGCCAGUGCUUGCGUGAAAGGUGAUGCCUGGGCUAUUGCCUUGUCAAUUCUCCAACCUGCGGCCGCGCAGCACGGGUUAUGCCUCAUCCUCGCGAACGCCAUGCUCGGAGCUUGGGAAAGGCCAGGCCUCUGGAAGGCCUCGUGUGGCCUGCUGCAGGAGAUGCAGGAGAGCAACAUGGAGACAGACGUCCUCUCCUACAGCAUGACCAUCAGCGCGUGUGAGAAGGCGGCACAGUGGCGCACGGCGCUGGAGUUGCUUCGAAGCAUGGAGCAGCAGAAGGUGGAUCCCAACAUCAUUUCAUGCACGUCUGUGGUUUCCGCUUGUGCCUCUGGGGGAGCGUGGCAGCAAGCGCUGAAUGUUUUUGUAGCUUUACCGAGAUGGUCCGUGAGCGCCAAUGUCGUCACCUAUGGCGCUGCCGUCUCUGCGUGCGCGCGGGUUGCGCAGUGGCAGGAGGCUGUGUUGCUGGUGGCCCAGCAGCUUGGCGUUCGCUGCGGGGCAGCAGCUGUGGCAGACGUCCAGCAAAACGCCAGAGCGGCAUUCAUCGGCCACUCUCGUGUUCCAACGAUGCGAGACUCGUUUCACAUGUGCAGCUCCUUGGGAGCACAAUGUUGUCGUCAGGGUGGAGAAGAUAUCCCUGAUAUCCCCUUGGAAGUCAUCCAGUCGGAGCCCAGGCUUCACUUCGCUGAAGCUGUGGCUGAAGGCCCCCAGACUGGUGAGACAGAAGAUGCGCCGGAGUCCCCGCAGCUUGCCACGUUGGAGCCGCUGUCCGAUUUCGAGUCCGAGUCCCCAAAGGAGGACCAGUUUCCCAAAGUUCCCGGUGCUUGCAUGAGAAAGAUGGCAGAAAUGCGACACAUGGAGAGUGACUACCAAGUCAUGCGCGGCAUUCCCAUCCAUCGAGCCCUUCGGCAGCUUGAGCUUUGGACUUCCCCACAUGAAAUUCGACGCAGAGAUCGUUCCGCCCAAGUCUGGGACCUUUCAGACAAGGUGUCAAGCUUUGAUUUCUUCUUGUCGCAUACAUGGCGGUCAAAAGGAAGGUGGAAAGUCCUAGCAUUGACAAUGCAACUGGGUUGGUUUCAUGGAUUGUUGGCUUGGUCUGUGGGCGUGGCUGUCAUGCUCUGGUUGCGAGCGCUCGACAUUGUCACCGCCCCAUGGCACAACAUUGAGUAUAUACUGGCUGGAAGGUCCUUUGCAACCGAGCUCGCCCCAUGGACGGUGCUUGUUGCUCAAGCUUGUUUGGUGAUCGGUUUGAGGAUGUCUGCAUAUCUGCCUUUCCAGGCGAAGACUUGCUUUCUGGAUGUGGCAUGCAUUCACCAAGCAGAUCCUGAGCUAUUUCAGCGCGGAAUAUAUGGUAUUGGCGGGUGCCUUUCGGUGACGAAGGAACUUCGGGUACUGUACGCGCCCAAAUAUUUAAAGUCGCUCUGGUGUGUGUUUGAGCUUGUGGCAUUUCGCAAACGUCAUCCGCUAGGACGCCUGAAGUUUGCCCCGUUGUUUAUUGAGCGGUCUGCAGCGACUUGUGCUCUCAUGUUCUGGUGCGGCACGCUCAUCAAGAUCUUUGCGCUCGCUGUUGCAGAUAGCAGUUUUCGACAAAGCAACUCCGUUUUGCUUUAUGUUGCCAUUUACUUGCUGCCAAACAUCUUUCUGGUGCACACCAUGCGUUGGAAUUACCGGGACAAAGCGACGCUUAUAUCUGAUUUGAAGACCUUCGACGUUGAUGAUCUCAUCUGCCAUUCCACGUCUGACCGGUCUUUCAUCCUCAGUGCCAUUGAUGCUUGGUAUGGCAGCAGGGACGCCUUCACAGACUUUGUUCGAGGUCCUCUUCGUGAUGAACUUCUUGGCUUGCUACCGUCACCUCAUCUUCCUUGCGCGUAUGCAGCCUUGAUCAUUUCUGGCGAUGUUGCUUGGAGCGCUGACAUUGGGCUUUCCAUGUACAAGGCUGGUGUGCCUGGCCCGGAACUUCUUCGCUUCUUGCUCACCCAUCUGUUGUACUUCAUGUGUUGGUUUUGGUUUGGUUUGAAUGGGGUCUUUUACUUGAGUGACAAGUGUGCACCACUUGGACGGACUCGGCUGCUUGAUUGGUCUAAAACGAUCGCUGUGGCUGGUGCCGUCUCUUUGUGGUGUUUGACGGGCUUUAUUGUGAGGGUGCAAGUCGGUCGAUCGACCAGUGAACUCGCCCUUGUGUGUUGGGUGGUCGUGUGCCUCCUUUUUCCGUGCUUGAUUCUUGACGCCUUCAAAGACUGGAAGGUUGUGGGCAGCUUGAAGAUGCCACAAAUAGCAGUGUGGCAUGUCGCCGCCCGCACCCUCAACGCGCUGAUCAAUGCUGCCAUCUAUGCCUGUGCUCGCGGGGCCCAGUGGCAACCAGCCCUGGCACUCCUCCGCCACAUGGACGACCAGGAGGUCCAGCCAGAUGUGAUCAGCUACAAUUCUUGCAUCUUUGCCUUCGAGGAUGUGCUGAACGAAGGUGAUGCCAGGUUCUCCAUGGUCCAGAAGCUGGUGGAUGAGAAACUGGCGCUGGGCUCCGGUGGAUCUCGGCUGCGGCUGCGGCGGAAGCCGUAUGCUUCCCAUGAUUUCUUCCAGCACCUUCGCCCACUGAUGACUGGCCCAGAGGGGCUGCGGGGGCUCGCGCUGCGGCGCUUGCUGCGGGCCUGCUCCAGGCCACUGAUUCGCAGCUUCCGGGCCUCCAGGCGAAAGGCGGAGCCGUCUCUGCUCUGCCGGCUCCGUGAGGCUGGCUGGCAGGUCAGCCCGCUGCCUUGGAUUGCCGACGGUUUCCUGGCCAAGGGGGCGGCGGCACAUGGUGGAAGCGCCCCUCAUGCGACCGGCGAGGUGUAUUUCCAAGAGGCUACGUCCAUGCUUCCAGCAGAGGUCUUGCUCAAGGCGCUGGAGCGCUGCGCGCCACCGGGAUGGGAAGGGCCCCUGUUGCUCGACCUGUGCGCAGCCCCUGGAAGCAAAUCUACGCAGCUGGCAGCAGCUCUCCAGGGUGGAGGUGCUCUUGUCGCCAAUGAGCCGGACCUUCGACGUGCCGAGAUUCUUCAUAGGAACCUCCUGAAAAGCGGCUCGAGCCAGUUUUUGGUCAGCUGCGCAGAUGGCCGGGAAGUGGGGCAAGUCUUUCCCGAAGCCUUCGAAGGGGUGCUGGUUGAUGCGCCCUGCUCUUGUGAAGGAACGGUCCGCAAAGAGAUCCUCCGCCUGCUUCGAUGUGACAGUGGUGAGAGCAUGGCACUCACAGAGAUUCAAAGAGCUCUGCUCCACAGCGGCUGGCGGGCAUUGAAGCCGGGCGGCUGCUUGGUGUACUCGACGUGCACAUUCGCACCUGCUGAAAAUGAGAAACUGUGCUUGCAGUUUCUGGCUGACGUCAGCUACGCCGCGCAGCCGGUGGACAUUGAGACCCUUCUGGAGCUAGCUCCUGGGGUGGCCACGCACUUUCGCGUCCUGGACCCUGCAGCAGCAGGCCUAGGAGCCGUACGACUGCUCCCACACAGUUUCGAUGUCGAAGGCUUCUUCAUCUGCUGCUUUCAGAAGCCUUCAAGCCAUUCAGCUCUCGCAGGCGCGGCACCACGCACAGGCGAGCUGGUUUCGCAUCUCUUUCGCCGGAGGCUUCCAGCAACGCUGGCCGCCCAUGUGCGACAGAAGUCGGAGAGUCUUCUCAGCUUCUGGCCGCCUGAGGCUUCGGCUGCAGCAACAACAACUUCGCCUGGUCUUUGGGAAGACUGGAGCGGUAACGUGUGGCUGCUGCUCGUUUGCAUUACUUUGCAUCUGCAGGAGAAUGGCAGAAGUCAGCAAAGCAACUAUGGCAGCUUCUGGGCCAGUUUCAGAGUGCAUGCCACUGCCAUGGACGACCUCGUGCCCCCACGGGAAUCCGAAGAGGCCCAGGGAGGUGGCAACACGCCGCUUCUGAGUCCGACCGAUUUGGGUCCCCCGGCCGAUGCCCCACCCCCCCGGCGGCGGCGCCGGCGCGAGUUCACAGACGGCCCGGAGACAACCCAAGCCCAGGAUCGGGGACGCCCAUCGAUCAGUUGGUCGCUGCUGCCGGCCGAGGCAUGGCAGCAGAUCGCCGACCUCCUUCCAGACCAGGAGCUAGUCCGGAGUGCCACGACGACAAGAUGCCUCGUGGAAAUCUUGGAAAGCACAGAGCUCUGGGUCCGAAGGGCGGAAGCUGAAUUCGCAUCGCUGCCCUUCUCCGACCUGGAGCGGGAUGAGAUGAAGAAAGAAGUACGUCUAGACGGCCGACGGGGCUACGUCAACCGCCGCAUGCUCUUCAAGGGCUUGCGAGUGGCCCUGAUAAUGGGAAAGACGGAGAUGGGCCCCUUGGUGGGUCUCGCCCGCUGGUGUGGCGCCAAAGUGCAGCACAGUGGGCAAGGAGCGGACAUCGUUCUGAUUGGUCCUGGUGGGGGCAGCUGCGCCGCCUUCGCUUCAUCCCGGCACUCCCACAAGCUCUUCCGCGGCGCCUGGUUGAGGGCCAGCUGCGUGGCGGGCCGGCAACUUCCGAGACAUCGGAUUGGCUGCGCCUCCAUCGGUGCCCCCUUCAGCUCUUUCCGCUCGUGCAUUGCUGGCUGCGUUGGUAGCAGCAACGAAACUCCGGGGGUCUUCGGAUGCUAUGCUCCAAGGCUCAUGGAGGGUCUGCUGUUGAGCACCACCCGCCUGCGAGCAGGCUCCAAGGAGGCUGUCGUUAUGGCGGCCCAGCUGCUGGGGGCCCAAUGUACCGAGGAGCUCACGAUAGCCCACACGCACCUUAUCGCUGGCGCGAGCCAGGGCGAAAAGUACGAGUUUGCCAAGCAACAUCGAAUUCCGAUUGUUUCCGUGGCCUGGUUGGACAAUACGCUCCGUCUGGGCAUGCCGAUGAAAGAGCGCUGUUUUCCUGUGAGCGGGGCAGACUGA